AUGCCCAGUCUUCGCCAGGUCUCUCUCCUUCUGGGAGCCAUCCUCCCUGCUGCCUUGGCUGCGCCCUUUAACUACAAGCUCCAGGAGGAAGUCAUUCCCGGAAAGUACAUCGUCACCCUCAAGACGGAUUCUGAUGACACCACGGUCCAAUCUCACCUUCACUGGGUUGAAGAUGUCCACCGUCGCAGCCUUUCGAAGCGAAGCACUGUUGGCAUUCAGUCAACCUACAAUGCUACCAACUGGCAUGGUUACUUUGGAGAGUUCGAUGAGGACACGAUCAAGGAGAUCGAGGCCAGCCCUGAGGUUGCCUUCAUCGAGCCUGAUCACAAGAUCCACCUCCAAGGCGAUGACGAGGACGGCAAGGUCUACCUCUGGGAACAGCCAGGACAGAUCUCCAAGAGGGCCUUGACUACUCAGCAGAGUGCCCCCUGGGGCCUCGGAGCUAUUUCUCACCGCGAGCCUGGUUCCAAUAGCUACACCUACGAUACUUCUGCUGGUGCCAAGUCUUACGCCUACGUAGUCGAUAGUGGUGUUCAGAUCAACCACUCCGAGUUCCAGGGUCGGGCCAUUGCCGGACACAGCGUGUUCCCUGGUGCCCAUGUCGAUACCAAUGGGCACGGCACCCACGUUGCUGGGACCAUUGCUGGCAAGACCUAUGGUGUGGCCAAGAAGGCCCAGAUUAUCUCUGUCAAGGUCUUUCAGGGACGUGAAAGCUCUACUUCGGCCACACUUGAGGGUUUCAAUUGGGCUGUGAAUGACAUCGUAUCAAAGAAACGUGCUGGUCGAUCUGUGAUCAACCUUUCCCUCGGUGGCCCUGCUUCUCAGGCCUGGACUGCUGCGAUUGCCUCUGCCUACAAGUCUGGUAUCCUCGCUGUUGUCGCGGCUGGAAAUGGUGACGAAGAUGGAAACCCUCUCCCUGCCUCUGGCCAGUCUCCUGCCAAUGCCCCCAACGCUUUGACUGUCGGUGCCAUCGACUCUAACUGGAACCCUACCUAUUUUACCAACUACGGACCUGAGGUUGACAUCAUGGCACCCGGCGACCGCAUCGAAUCGGCUGGUAUUGGCUCUCCCAAUGCCAUCAAGGUCAUGUCUGGCACCUCUAUGGCCUGUCCUCACGUUGCUGGUCUUGCUCUUUACCUUCAGGUCAAGGAGAAUCUCCGUGCCCCUGCUGACGUGACCAAGCGCAUCAAGGCUCUUGGAACUUCCGGACAGAUCAGCGGCAACCUCAAUGGAAGUCCCAACCUCGUUGCUUUCAACGGAGCAAUGAAUUAA